CGACACUUCCUCGUUCGAUUCGCGGACCAGCAGUGAAAAUUCGAGAAAAAAGGGUCGGUGUGCAGCCGUGCCGUCCAAAUCCAGAGAAUCGUCGCAAUUCCUGACCCUUCACCGCGUGUGCGAAGUGUGCAUCGUUGGCCAGCGUGCAUAGAAGCGCGGUUGCGUGUGAAUUGAGCCCAAAGCCCCGAGCGAAAAGAAGUGAGCGCGUGAGCGCAAAGUAGAAGAAAAAAACGAGAAAAGCAAAAUGGUGAAGGAAACGGGAUUCUACGAUGUGCUUGGCGUGAAGCCAGGCUGCACGCCCGAGGACCUGAAGAAGGCGUACAGAAAGCUGGCCAUGAAGUACCACCCGGACAAAAACCCGAAUGAGGGCGAACGCUUCAAGCAAAUUUCGAUGGCCUACGAAGUGCUGUCCGACCCGGAAAAGAAAGCCAUCUAUGACGAGGGGGGCGAGGCGGCCAUCAAGCAGGGCGGAGCGGGUGGCGCUGGCGGCGGUUUCCACAGCCCGAUGGACAUCUUCGAGAUGAUCUUCAACGGUGGCGUGAGUGGUCGACGCGAGCAACGAGGACGCGAUCUGGUGCACCGGCUGACCGUGACCCUGGAGGAGCUGUACUGUGGCGUAACGCGGAAACUGGCCUUGCAGAAGAACGUCAUCUGCGACGGGUGCGACGGUAUCGGUGGCAAGAAGGGCACGGUGCACAAGUGCCCGCCCUGCGGCGGUACCGGCAUCGUGACCAAAGUUCAGCACAUCCUGCCCGGCUUCAUGCAGCAGAACAGGGUGCCGUGCAGGGCGUGCCAGGGGCAGGGCGAGGUGUUCGAUGAGAAGCACAAGUGCAAAAAGUGCGACGGCGAGAAGAAGGUGCGCGACAAGAAGAUCCUGGACGUGCACAUCGAGAAGGGUAUGCGCACCGGGCAGAAGAUCGUUUUCAGCGGCGAGGGCGACCAGGAACCGGGCCUGCAGCCGGGCGACAUUGUGAUAGUGCUGGCCGAGAAGGAGCACCCGGUCUUCAAGCGCUCCAACAUGGAUCUGCUGAUGGAGAUGCCGCUGCAGCUCACGGAAGCGCUCUGCGGCUUCCAGAAGGUCAUCACCACGCUGGACAAGCGCAGCCUCGUAAUCUCGAGUCACCCGGGCGAGGUGAUGAAGCACGAGUCGAUCAAGUGCAUCAUGGACGAGGGAAUGCCACAGUGGAAGAACCCAUUCGAGAAGGGACGGCUGAUCGUUCAGUUCACGGUGUCCUUCCCGGAGACGCUACCGAUCGAGGCGGUCAAGAUGUUGGAACAGUUCAUGCCGCCGCGACCGCUCGAGGAGAUCCCGCAGGACGCCGAGAUGGUCAUGAUGGUGGAACUGGAUCCGGAGCAGGAGUCGCGUAACCGAUACAAGAACGCCUACGAAGAGGACGAGGACGAGGGCACCCCCGGCGUUCGCGUCCAGCAGUGCAACUCUAGCUAAGUUCCCCCUACCCGAAUGAGCAAACCCCCCCAACGAGAGAGGCAACCCCGCUCUUAAGACAGAAUGAUUGAGUUGGACAAAUUUUCCGUUGUUCGCCACCCGAAAGUUAUUUGUAGACAAGUAGCGAUCAAGGCAGAGAAAAUGGCAAACUGGCCGACGAUACAGGACGUGCGUGUUACUCUGGUGGAUGUGUAUUUCUUCCACGAAGUUCACUACAAUAAAUUAUUAGGGCAUCUAUCGGCGGGGAAAUCAAUAACACACAAAUCCUUUUCCAAAACAUAUGCACUCUCUCUUUCUCUCCCUGACACACAAACACACACGCAUGGCAACUGUGAAUUAACUUAGCAGAGCGGGAUCAAGAGCACUGGGGAAUGAUGGACAAGUGGGGCAGUUGGCCCCACUCUGGAAGGAAGCGGUCAGUAAUUUAGUCGCUUUACAGCCAAAACCAAGGACACACGGUUGAAGGAAGAACCCUUUUAGCGGAAAAGUGAAACAUGAUGUACCCUUUAUUUCAACGGAUAAACUGGACGAACUGGAACUCGCUUUGUUUUUAGUAACCGCUCCUCGAAUGCCUCCCGCUGCAAUUACACCACCCCUCCUCUGUCAGUGUCGCACCUUGCACCGACCCGUUGCACUGCAAGCGGACCUAGCGGACGCAGAACUUAUCCAUCAUUUACCAUCGGAAACGAUCGCAUAGAAGCGCAUUAUCCACAAGAGAAUAAAGGGCUUUUCGCUGGAAUAUUUAUAACUAACCGAAAUUCUUGAACUUGUUUCCUCGCACACACGGGCACUGUGUCUAUCCCUAUCUCGCCCUUCUUUCUUUCAUUGGUCAUCGGCAUUCCGGAGUGAUAUGUAGGAUUUUAACUUAGUUUCUCUAUUACUCACUUCCAGUGAACCCAGUGCCGUGUGCCACACGCGCACAGACACACACAUACCCAUAUACACACACCAUACUUUCUGCGGGUCUAUCUCCAGAAUAUGAUCCCUUUGUACGAAUGAUAAUGGCAGAAACAGAAUAAAAUUU